CGCGGGUUCACACGGGGACACCUAUAAGUGGUCGCGCGCUCAAAACAUUUGCAAAGUGAAUUUCUGCUGAGUCAUGGCGGAGGGAGUGGAUUUACCGCCGAAUAUAAACACGAACAUAAGGAAACGGACGUCACAGUGAAGAAAUACCGACACCCGCGAGAGUUUGUGCUCGUUUAAGUCGUUAUUUAUCUGCUGUGGAGACGGAGACAGCGAUGCCCAGUCAAAAGAUGUAACUUCACCAGCUCGGAUACAGCAAAUAUUCAAUCUCCUCCUCUGACCGCUGCAUCUUCUUCUCACUUGAUUUCUCCUCCAUUUUCCACCACACUUUGUUUAUUACUUUGUUUAUUUUAGCACGUGUGACCAGGAUGAAUCUGCUCGCCUCUGCUGUUUUACGUGGGUCUCGUCGGGAGCCAAGUUUUCGGUUCCUGAACGCGCUGAUAUCCGGAGUGAACGUGUCAGGAGCGGGACUCAGCACCAGCUCGGUUCUCAAUGGUCCAGGUAAAUCUGCGCUGAUCGUGUUAGCUCACCAGAACCCGAAGUCGUUCAACGCGGCGGCGAAAGAUGUGGCGGUGAAGGAGCUGAAGAAGCAGGAGUUUAAAGUGACGGUGUCUGAUCUUUACGCCAUGGGCUUUAAAGCCACCGCCACCAGAGAAGACUUCACCGGAGAGCUGAAGAACCCAGACCACUUCCGUUAUGGAGAGGAGGCGGGGGCGGCCUAUAGAAACCAAACCCUCGCUGACGACAUCAAGAAGGAGCAGCAGAAGGUUCAGGAAGCCGACCUCGUUAUCUUCCAGUUCCCGAUGUACUGGUUCAGCCUUCCUGCCAUCCUGAAGGGCUGGGUUGAUCGAGUUCUCACCGGAGGAUUCGCUUAUUCUCAGGAGAGGAUGUACGACACCGGCGUCUUUAAGGAUAAAAAGGCCAUGCUGUCGUUCACCACUGGAGCAACAGAGAGCAUGUUUCGUCCUGAAGGCCUCAACGGAGACAUCAACGUGACUCUGUGGCCUGUGCAGAACGGCGUACUGCGUUUCUGCGGCUUCCAGGUCCUUCCCCCUCAGAUCUUCUUUGGUCCCGGCCACUGCCCCGACCCCGUGCGCGCCGCUCUGCUGGAGGCCUGGGGGCAGAGACUCUCAGGGAUCAUGUCUGAGGCUCCGCUGCAGUUCGCCUCCACCGGCCUGUUCGAUCUGAGCUUCCAGGGCGGAUUUAGUCUCCGUCCGGAAGUGAUGAAGGAGAGAGAGUCGCAGCCCCACGGCUUCAGCGUCGGGCACCACCUCGGAAAACCUCUGCCCCCCAACAACCAGGUUAAAGCUCCAACAGGGGGCGCUGCAGGGACCACUGACAGCACUUAGAAUGAACCUGCAUAAUACUGUAUUUAUACAAAUCAGCUGUACUGUAUUUGUGUUCAUACUAACGAUUGUGUUUUAAUAUCACUGUUUUGCAAAUAAAGCAGCAGUUUUACUCACCUUACACAAAA